ACUCGUUUUAAAGCUUGAAGCUUCUACUUUCACAAUGCGUAGUCCAUUUUUUGAUAAAACGUUUAUACAUGUCGGAAUAAAUUAAUACCCUAGCAAUGACUCUCGGACAAUAAACACGUUUCUCUCGAAAAUAUUGUAAAUUGAAACGUCUCUAAAAUCGGUAAACAAUUUUUCCGUCAAUGAAACUCAUCUCAUUUUAAAGCUCGUAGCUUCUACUUUCGCGACAUCUGGUCCAUUUUCUGAUAAAACAUUUGCAGAAGUCGGAAUAAAUUAAAUACCCUAGCAAUAACUCGGACAAUAAAUACGCUCCUUUCGAAAGUGCCAUAAAUUGAAAUGUCUCUAGAAUCGUAGUAAAAUUUGUUCCGUUAAUAAAACUACCAUCGUCUUAAAGAUCGAAGCUUCCUCUUUACAACGAGCCAUAAAAACUUGAUCCACGAUUUUUUCCGACCGUCCCACAGUACAGAAAUGGAGAACGAGUUCGUCGCGUACGAAUAUCAGCAUCGGGAAUAAGAACAAAAAAUGAACAGAUGCCACACAAAACAGUGAAAAUAUUGCACAAAUUUAGAACCCCCGUUGCGCCGUUGUUGGCCGAAUGAAACCGUUAAAAGGCCUCGCAGCGUUUCGAAGCGGACACCGUCGGACGAGUGGCAGGCCCGACACCGGCGAGGACACACUGCGAGCCUGAAACACACAUGCUGAGGAGACGAGCGAGAAACUGACCGUCACCAUGAGGCCAUGGACCAACAAAUCCGUCGGCCUUGGGCUGCUCGGACUGCUACUAAUCGUCACCGGCACGUGUCUGUACUUGUUCUGGCCGGCCAUCUUCCACCAUGUUUUACAAAAGGAGAUGCCGCUGUCACCGACCUCGAAGGCGUUCCAGGUCUGGAACGACACGACCAGCUUGCCUCCGAUGUACUUCAGGAUCUAUUUCUUCAACUGGACGAACCCGCACGACCUCCGCGAGAAGGGAAAGAAGCCAAUCCUGGACGAGCUCGGACCAUACGUAUUUCGGGAAAUCCGUCAGAAGGCGAACGUGACGUUCCAUCCGGAGAACAGUACCGUCAGCUUCUUCUACCGUCGAUGGUGGUACUUCGAGCCGGAACUGACCAACGGCUCUUUGAGCGACAAAAUCACGCAGCUGAACACCGUCGCGAUCUCGGCGAAGCACAAGACGCGCUACUGGGACCAAAUGCUGCAGAGCACCCUGUCGUUGAUGCUGUCCUCCUCGGAGGUGCACACCACGAAGACGGUGAACGAGCUGAUAUUCGCCGGCUACGAGGACAAUCUGAUCAAGCUCGGACGCGUGGCAGCCGUCGCGGAUGACGACAUUCCGCCGUUCGACAAAUUCGGCUGGUUCUACAUGAGAAACGGCUCGACGAUGUUCGACGGCCACUUCAACAUGGACACAGGGGCUGCGGACGUGAGUCAGUUCGGCGUGCUGAAGAAGUGGAACUACAAGGACACCACCAAGUUCUUCAGGAGCCCUUGCAACGUGGUCGAGGGCAGCGCCGGCGAGUUCUGGCCGCCGUAUCGUCAAAAGGACGAAAUCUCGCUGUUCAGCGGCGAAUUGUGCAGACCGUUAACGUACGAGUAUUCCGAUUCCACUUUGCACAUGGGGGUGGAAGGCUACCGGUACAUCCUCAGCGAGAAGACUCUCGGCAACAAUACGAGAAGACGUUACCCUCACGAGCAAGCGAAGUACUUCGAAUCUACGACAACGACCGAAGACUUCUUCGAGGCGGAGCACUCCGCGGAAGUGACAGACCCGCCCGACGAGGACCCAGACAUCGUAAACAUAGGCAACUGUUUCUGCAACGGAAGAUGUACCCCCGUGGGCCUGAUGAACGUCAGUUCCUGCCGCUACGGCGCACCAGUGUUCGCCAGUCUGCCUCAUUUUAACAGAGCCGAUCCUAAUCUUCGGGAUAAAGUCGUCGGGUUGAACCCGGACGAGGACAAGCAUGAUUUCAUCAUCAUCCUCGAACCGGCAACGGGCAUUCCGCUGAAAGUGUCGGCGAGGCUGCAGGUGAACGUGCUCCUAGAAUCAUCAAAGAUUGUGUCGCUAUUCAAGGACGUUCCGACUAUCUACUUCCCAGUGAUGUGGUUCUCGCUGGACGUCGAGGCCACGGAAACGUUCAUGGACGAUCUGAAGACGUUGCUGUCGCUGUCCGACGUGUUCACGUAUAUCGGAGCGAUCUUAGUUCUCGUUGGAUCGCUCACGAUCUUCACCGUAGCGUUGCUGUACCUGUUGAGCAGGCAGCGAGCCAACUCGGUAGCCAACGAUAAGGCCUCGAAGCCACGAAUGAUCGCGUCCACGAUCAAUAAAAUGGAGUUGAUGUACCUGGACACGAGCGGGGCCGCCGACGACGGCCACGUGAGGAACGAUCGAAGGCUCUACCCCAGUUCGAUCGAUAGCAUGAACAUGGAUCUACAGUCGAAGCUGCGACAGCAGAAGUAACGGAGGAGAUCGUUUUGUCGACCGACGAUCCAUGCUUCGACGAUCCCGAUUCCGCGCCGCGAUCUACGAUCGCGGAGAUCUCUGAGCGCAGCUUCGUGUUAGUCCGAUGAUCGCAGGACAGAGUUUUCCUGCGCGACUCGUCCACCAAUUUAGGAUUCUAUAGACUGAACUGAGGCUGAUCUCGUAGAUCGGGCGUGUUUGGGUAGCUCUGAAAUAGAGGGGCUCUGCAGGGUGUCGCAUCAAUUGCCUUACUUCCGGGAAACGAGAAAGAGAGGUUCGCCAGGUGAUUCCGAGCAACUUUUUCCUCAGCGAAAAUUCGAUCCGCGGCUCCGUUUACGAGUUAUCGGCGAUAAACGCCGGCCAAUGGGAGGGCAAGCUCGACCAGCGCUGGGCGGGCCGCGCCGACGAGCGGCUGGCGCCGAGCCCCGCUGAUUGGCUCGGCUGCUCAGCGCGGCCGCCUCUCGCCGCUCAUUGGUCGCCGUUUUUCGUCGAUAACUCGUAAACGAAGCCUCGGAUCGAAUUUUUGCCGAGGAAGAAGCUGCUUGGAAUCGCCUCGAGAAGCGAUUCCCGGAAGUCGCGUAAUUUUCGGGCAUAUUCUGUAUACGUAAGGGAACAGGAGGAUUUCGGGAGACGCCGUUGUUUCUCGAGGAAACCGGGCGCGCAGCGUCUCUCUCAUUCCGUCGAGCCUUAUCAAUCGACGUGUCUCGAGCAAUCAUGACUACAGCAGCGAUCGGGGUGAAAUUUCUUUAAGACUGACUAAGUAGCGAUCGAUACCUUGAAUUAGUGCCUGAACAGCUGAACGAUUUUAGGAGCCUCUAGCAUGAAUGCGCGACGAGCGCCGAUCGAGCCGAUGGACAACGACGUGUUCGACCCCGAGAACCGGACAUUCUGAUUACGAUUAGGGUUAGUCUAAGAUGGGACCAAGGAUGGUUGGAAAAUGGGAGUGUGUGAUGGAACCGUGUCAAUUCGAAGGUGCCAAGUUCUUUGUACCAGUUCUAAUAGCAAUAUAUAUCGUCGAAAUAUUGACGAUUAGCGCACGGCAGAUGAUCGAUCGAUCAAUCGACGCCUAUGUUCCUCCUUUGCUCGCGUAUGGUGGCGACAGUUUGUGCCAAUACUUUUCUAGCUAAGAUCGCCGCGUUAAUUUUAGUCAAUUAAACCACGGGCGUCCUAUUUACCGCGUUAAUUAUCCCGCAGUUCGUCUCGCGCCGACGAACCGACUCCACGAUCGGGCUACUGCGAUCUCGAUCAUGUUCGAUCAAGUGCAAUUUCUAGAUAUAAUAUAUCAAAGCCUCAGCGGGUUUCCGUUCGAACACGGGAGGGCUCGUCGAGCGCGUCGGGUUCUUACGAGGACGGAAAUUUUUGUAUUGUAUUUUAAUAAAUACUUUAAGCUAUUUGAUUUCGUUA